GGCAUCAGUUGCACUUCUGCUUCUACAACAGCAAUUCCUAGAAUCUGAUUCUGCGGCCUGAACGACAUAAAGACAUCAUGAGAAGUCUACUUUUCUGUGUUAUCAUCAGCUUUGCGGCAGCUGACAACCGCCCUCCAAGCAAUGGCUACGCCCCUCCCCCUAGCAAUUCCUACGGACCACCUAGAAACGGAUACGGAGUAGAUCCGGCCAUCGCUGCUUUGGCUGAAAAUAUCCCUGGAGGCGGAGUCCCUGGAGAGGACUAUCCCAUCUUGGCCUCUGUCCCACAAACCGGAUUCGACUGCAACGCCCAGAAUGUCCCUGGAUAUUAUGCUGACACUGACCCCGAGGCUGGCUGCCAGGUCUUUCACAUCUGCCAGGACAGGCCCAAUGGCCGCCGUCAGCAGGACUCCUUCCUCUGCCCCAACGGCACCAUCUUCAACCAACAGUACCUCGUCUGUGACUGGUGGUUCAACUUCGACUGCGCUGACGCCGAAUCCUUCUACUCAGUCAACGAACAGAUCGGAGUUGUUCCUUAUGGUUAUGGGCCACCAAAAACUCCUUCGCCGGGGCAUAUGGAGCUCCUCUCUAAUGGCUUCUGUUACCUGAGGUCUCUUAGCCUUUCCCGACAAGUGGAAAUUCAACUGUUACCCUUACCAUGAACGAAUGUUGCUGGACAAUUCCUUCUGUCUUAUCAACAUCGUAACUUAUACAAAUGAUAAUAUAGACUGAAAAAUGAAUAUAAAUGUUUAUUGUCUAUUUUGUUAAAA